CAAAAAUAAUCUGACGCGCAGUAAUAUCUGUGUUGUUGUCCACAUGAAGUUCAUGACGGUCCUGUUCCUGUAAGAAAGAUAGGAAUAUUGUGAUCCGAUAGGAAGGGAUAUGGCUCAAGGUGAUCCACAGAAAUGGCAUUUGCCUGGAUGGAGGAUAGAACAAAAGUUUGCACCAGGUGUUCUAAUCGGAAACUGGUCGGAAGAGAGAUAUACGUUCAAUAAAGGAGAUCAGAAACAUAACAGUACUCACAGAGCAGAUUUCCGUAAUUUCAAAGGACAUCGUCCUGACGUGUUGGUAAGAAGGAAAGCCCUGCUGAAAAACAACGGUCUUGGACCGGAGCAUAUAUUCUAUCAUCAUGGUAAACGAUAUUCCAACAACACAGUGUCCUGGUAUGAUGAGCACUACAAUGGUCGUUUUACGGAAAAUAAUGAUCUGCCAGGAUUGAGAGACUGGAACAGUCACAAACUGUCAUGGGCACCAGAGAAAUCGGAUUAUCCCCUUCAAGGAAAACCAACAAAUUUCGGAUUACUGGAACAGCUUCAGAACAAGUGGCAAAGUCAAAUCGCUGAUGAAACCAAGGGAGACUACUCCUCAACCUACCAGAAUUCCUUCCUUCAACACCCAACAGACAGCAUGGUGAAGGCAAGAUUUGCAAUUCCCAAAAAUAUGUCAACAAGUCUUCACCCUGUCAACAAAAUCAACAAAGAUCUUCACCUCAGAAACACAUCUGUGUACAAAUCUCCAGAGAAACUGCCAGCGCUGGCAUAAUUAUUGAGCUAUAAAUGUAUAUCAACGCUCUCAUCAUUUUCGUGUUCAGUAUGGGCAUAAACAUUCAGUAUACAAAAUAUAUCAGAUAAAUGAACAGUUUAGUCAUUUGAUCUAUGAAUUAAUUCUUCAACCAUAUAUGGGAAGAAUAAAGGAUUCUGCGUUUGAAAUCUAGUAAUUUACAAUAAUUUCAAACAUUUUGUUCAUAUAUACUUAAUUAUGAAUUUAUAAUUAGUUAAAUAAAAAAUUUAGAUUUUCUGGGUUAUCAUGUACACGGAUACUUAUAAAUAUUGAUAUUAUGCGAAGAUUAGGGUACAGGAAAAAAAAGUGCUUGAAUUCUUAUAUGUUGAAAAAAAAAAGAUUUUGAAAAUUUCAUGUGUCGGUCAAAUUCUUUUUAUUACUUUUUACUGAUUUUGUGAAUUGUUUUUCAUGCUGUUGGUAAAUUUGAUGAACAUUUUCUGAUGAAUUUGUUGUUUUUGAUAUUUUGAUGUCACAAUGUUUAGAAAUAAUAGAAAAGACACAAAUUUUCUUCUUAAAAAUCUGAUAUGAACUUUCCUCAGAAUCAUAUGCUAUUAUCGUAGUGCCUCUAUGAACAGCAUUAAAUAUUCUCUAGUAUUUUAAUAUUUCUUAUCUGUUUGGAUAUGGGAACUUCUUUUAGAUUUUCAACUUUUCUUUCAUGAAUAUACAUUCAUAAUACACAACUUUUUAUCAUAAAUCAGGUUUUAUCUAAUUACUCUCAAAUAAAGUGAAACUUUAUUGAAAUGUUCGUUUUAAACUAUGAUUUUUUUUUUAUUGUGAAGCCGUCCAUUUAUGAAUUAUUAUAGUUCUUAUAAGACUUACCAGGUAAAAAUAUCUAUGUUUAUGACUUUCAUUACAUUUGUUUUUAUUAUGGAUAUAUAUACAAUGUAUUUUCAUUAUCUGUAAAUAAUAUGCGAGUUUCUGCACCCUUUUUCUAGUCUUUGUACAAAAAUUCAUUUUGCCAUUGAGACAGCACUACUGCUUAUUUAGUAUAAUCUAUAUUUAUUUAUUAUCCUCACUAUAAGGCACUUUCUGUACAGUAUUAUGAAUAUUCAUCGUCUUUCAAUGCUUUCAUUGUUUACUUGCUGUGAUAUGUUUCAAAUCAUGUGAUAUUUUUUAAUUUUAUUCAAAAUGAUUUUUUUAUAAAUACUUAGAAAAUUGAAAAUUAGUGUAAUUGAAAAUUAUGUAUGCAAAUUUUAUAUACUUAGAUAAUUUCUGUGUUUAAGAAAUGUUUUUUAAAAUUAAAUAAAAAAUAAUAUUCAGUAUUAAUUACCGAAAAUAGACAAUAUUGAAACCUGUAAAUGUGAACUAACUUUUAGAUUAAAAGAAAGUUCAGAGAACAAAAAUGUGUAGAUCUAGCAACACACAUUAGAAUAAAAUUAAAGAAAAUUGAGAGGGUUCACAAUUAAAGUAUCAGUCCAUUAUUCAAAAUCAUAUCUUGAUCUAAAUGGGCAGAGUAGUUACUCCCAGUAUGUUAAAAAUAUACCGUUUGAGUUUUGGAUGAAUAUUGAUUAAUAAGUCAUUCAAUAAAAGCUUUUUAGGAUGGUGACAUAAUUUUGCCACUAUCAUAUUAUAUGCCAUCAAACUGAUGUGAAAGAUUUUUAAUGAUUUUUAUACUUAAGUGUUUCUCUACUAUAAUUAUUGACUUUGAAGUAUGCAUACAAGUUCUCUAUGAAUAUUGGUCAUGAACUCUAAUACUUUUAUGUACACAUACAAUAGAGAUUUUGAUACAGUUUAAGAUAAUUAUACUCAGUAGAUCUAUCUAGACCUUACUUCAGUAUUAAAUUCCAAUUUUACAUGGAAUUGAUUAAAUCUAAAAUGUAAUUUUAGUUUGUGUUGUAUAAUUUUUGCCAAUUUUUGAAUCUCUGUGAUCGAUGUACAAGUACCACCAAAUGAUUAUGCUCACUAUUUCUGCACAAGUACAAUGAAAAUAGCCAAGUAGCAUUAAAACAGUAUAUGUAUAGUACAUUUUUAUGACCUGUUUUCCAAAGCAGUAAGACAAAAAUCCAUUGUUUCUUGAAUAUUAAAUUAUGCUCAAAUCUGUAAUUUUGAAAAAUUGUACAAAAAAUGAAUUAUAAUUUAUGUUUUUGUUUUAAAUUUUUUUGAAAGAAUUUAAUGAAUUUGAUAAAACUCCAUUAAAGCUUCAUGCUUCAAGUAUAACAUCAUUUUUUAUUCAAAUUCCUUGCAUUUAAGUAACAAAAUUUUCAACUUUUUGCUUCAAACUAAGACAAAAUGUUUUGCAAAUCAUUUGUUAUCAAUAUUAAUACUUAUUUUAUUGUACUCUUAACAAAGUACAUCUAUAUAUUCUAUCAGUCUGUUGGGGAAUUGGUAUCUUGUCAACAUAAAAUUUCGUUCAAAAUGAAAAAAAAAGAGACAAAUAUCGAGGAUAAAAUCCUUUCUAGAAAAAUGAAGUCAUUCAUGAGAUUGUUCUUAAAUCUGAGAUGCAAAAUUUAAGAAUAAGCUAUUACUAGUUGACAGAUUCCAAUUAAAACAGAAAUUGUAAUCUAAAAUAUAUUUACCGAUAUUGCAUAUAUCAAACCACCUUGCUCAAGCCUGACCAUUAUAAUCUCAUUAGAUUGGAAGUUAUUUAGAAGUUUUAUUUUGAAGAUAUAUUUAUAUAUAUAUAAAGCUGUAGAUAUUGUUGGCUUUUUGGUUUUUUUGUUUGUUUUUCUUGUUAUUCUCCUACUAUAGUCUAUAUCAUUACCAGUAUUAUGGUUUCACAGUAUUGUAAACAAGUUGUGGGACACAUUUUAUAUUUUUUGUGUGAAGAUGGACCAUAUCAUUUUGUGUGUCACAAUGGAAGAAGUAUUAUAGUUGUUAUAAUUUUUAUGUUAUUACAACAUUUAUAUCUUACGAAGAAAAAACCUGAAAUAGUUGUGCCCUACUCUUACAGUAUUUCCUGCACAAUAUAUAGCAUCUCAUAAUGUUGUUUUUUUUAAUCUUUCAAAAAAAAGUUUUAUUUCUUUAAAUUCAUUUCUGCAUUGUAACAAGAAACCUUUUCUUUAAAAUAACAGAUUUGAUUCCGAAACAAUAAUGACAUUUCAAAUAAAUUUCAAAUAAAUUUCAUUUUUAAUAAAACAAAAAAUUUAUAUUUUAUUGCAUCAGGGAUUUUUCGAAAAUCUUUAAAACUUUUUUUGAACACCUUCAUACCAAGUGAAAAUUAUAGCUAUUUUUAUUUAUUUUGGUAUUUUAAUACCCGUAACGUAAAUUGAAGUAUUCCUGAAUGUUAAAGGUUGUUAUCUAGUUAAAUAAGUAUUAGAGAAAUGUGAUUGAUCAUUGACUGUGAUACAUAUUUUAUGUGUGUUACAACAAUAAAUAGAUUGUUAAAAUUGUA